UUUUUAGAACUUUAAAAGAAUAAAAUUCACCAUAUUAAAUCACGAAAAUGUUAAAACUUGUGCCGCCGGAUGCGAGUAAAUUUCAUAACUUCAAAUGUGGUGAGAUUUAUUGCCUAAGCUCGAAUACCUACAAUGUGGCGUGUUGUUUGUGCGGCAUCAAAGUAGAGUUCGAGCAGUUCCCUCAACAUUUCCAAGAUGAGCAUCUGACGCCCAAAGACGAAAAAGUUGAAAAGAGUACCUCAAAUGUCUCUGAGACCAUCAAAGUUGACGUAGAUCCCAUAAAAAGCGAAGAAGAAUACCUCAGUGACGAUGGAGGGGAGUCUGUGGGCUUUGAUGCCCCAGAUUCGGAUCCCGACGAACCUACAGUUGAAGAGAAGCCAUUUGACUUCGUUGACUUACAGAAAUUAGAGGAGAGCAUUGAGGAGCGAGAAGAGAAGUCUAAGCGCAAAAAAGAUGUAGAUGAUGACGAUGAUAGUGACACAAAUUCAACCGAUGACAAAAGGGAUGCAAAUGAUGCGGAUUGGCACCCAAACGAUUCCUCAGAUGAGGAGAAACCAAAACCACAAGAAGAUAUUGAUUCACUUCCGUACCCUUGUCCGGACUGCAUGCGAUCAUACAAAACAAAACGCAGCAUGUUAACACAUCACCGACAAACCCAUAACCCGAAAAAAAGAAAGCCCAAGGAGCCAAAUAUGAAAUUCAAAUGUGAGGAAUGUGGUGAACUAUUCAGGGCUGAGAGAAAUUUGCGAGCCCAUAAGUGGAAACAUACCGGCAUUGUAUGCGAUAUUUGUGGCAAGAAAUUUUCACAAACUGGUAACCUGCAACGUCAUAAAAUUCGGCACACUGGCAUAAAGGCCCACAAAUGUCAGGAAUGUGGCAAUGAUUUCUUCACUGAUAAAGAGUUGAAGGCUCACAUGUUGCGCCAUACCGGCGAAAGGCCGGUAGUUUGUGAGAUUUGUGGAAAGCGUUGCCGUGACCACGGCGUUUAUAAAGCGCAUAUGCGUAGGCACACUGGAGAAAGGCCGGCGAAAUGCGAAGUUUGCGGCAAAGCAUUUUACAGCUUCCAUGAUCUGAAUGUACAUGCGGUAACACAUAGCAGCGAGCGGCCAUUCGCAUGCGACAUGUGUGGUUCAACAUUUCAAAGGAAGAAGUCUCUACGAGUACAUAAAAAGUUACAUUCUAAAGAUCGCAAACACGAAUGCAAAGUGUGCGGCAAAACGUUUGCGCAAUCAGGAGGCUUGAAUGCACAUAUGCGAACUCACGAUGCAGCAUUGAGUCGAAGUAUUGUGGGCACUGCCAGUGCAAUCGCUGGCACUGUUGCUUUAGAUGGUGUUGGUACUAGUGCCAGUAUGGCUCUGCCAAGUAGUGGAAUCGGGGUAGUUUUCGGAACGGCUGUCAAUACCGUGAAUCCUGUUAAUUCUAUUGGUGAUGCUCUAUUGGGAGUGACUACUGUGCUCAGUGGGACCGGCUCAACAAUGGAUUCUGUCACUAAUUAAUCCUUUCAAGAAUUCGCUAGGAUAACACUGUAUGUAUGUACACGUAUAUGUAUGUGUUUGUAUGUAUAUGUUUUGAAAUAAUUUUAAAAUUCAAAUUUUUAUCUAGCUUAAGAUCAUCACAAUGGAAAGUGCACGUGUGCAUUUUAGUAUAGCAAGCACAUGAUUUAUAAUAAAUUGAUUAUUUAGAAAUA